UCCCACACACUAGUUUUUAGCCCUUUUAUCCUUACAAAUGCAUAGCCGGUGCCGGCAAUUGCAUCGCUACGCCCUUCAGCUUUUAGUUUCUUUCUAGCUGACUUUAUACUCUCUCAUUGACUAUUAUACAUAUUACAUAUAUAUGGAUAUGUUUCGAAGCUUCGUUAAUUACAGUUGUAAUAUGGAACAUGUCAUAACAUAUAUUUAAGUCUUUCAAGUGUUUGGUUUGACAAUUUCACACGCUCUUGAAGAACCGGCUUUAUUAUUUUUAUAAAUUAUUUAUAAUAAUAAUAGUUAUAUAUAUAAAUAAGUAUCUAGUCUUCUUGUAUAUGAAGCAGUCUCUGGUGUUUCCUUCAUCUGUUUUCUCUGUUAAGUGAGAGAAAAUUAGGGUUUGUUUCAUGGUUGGUGAUAUAUAGCUUAAAGUGUAGUGAAACAUGACUUCAAGAUCACCGAAAUCCGUAGAGCAACAGAACCGACGUGGCGCGAUUCCGCCACAGGUGACUUUCGCUAGAAGGACGUCUUCGGGCCGGUAUGUCAGCCGCUCAAGGGAAGAUCUCGAUAGUGAAAUCGACAAUACCGAGUUUAUGAACUAUACGGUUCAUAUACCCCCCACACCCGAUAACCAGCCCAUGGAUCCUUCGAUUUCACAAAGGGUGGAGGAACAAUACGUCUCGAAUUCGCUUUUUACGGGCGGGUUUAAUAGUGUGACACGAGCGCAUUUGAUGGACAAAGUGAUUGACUCCGAGAUUAACCAUCCUCAGAUGGCUGGUGCGAAAGGGUCUUGUUGUCAAGUACCGGGAUGUGGUGAGAGUGUGAUGAGUGAUGAGAGGGGUGUGGAUAUUCUUCCUUGUGAAUGUGAUUUUAAAAUAUGUCGGGAUUGUUAUAUUGACGCUGUGAAAACCGGUGAUGGGAAGUGCCCGGGGUGUAAAGAGCCGUAUAAACAAACGGAUCUUGAUGAGAAUAGCGUUGACACGCGGCAGCCUUUAUCUCUGCCGUCGAAUUUUUCUAAAAUGGAGAGACGGUUGUCGUCCAAGAUGGAGAGGAGGUUGUCGAUGAUGAAGUCAACUAAGUCGGCUAUGGUUAGGAGCCAAACAGGGGACUUUGAUCAUAACCGUUGGUUGUUUGAGACCAACGGGACCUACGGUUAUGGCAAUGCGUUUUGGCCGAAAGAUGAAGGAAUUAGUGAAGAUGGAACAGGGGUUACCCCGGCUGAACAGUUGGAACUUCUUAACAAACCGUGGCGGCCUCUUACUCGCAAACUCAAGAUACCUGCUGCUAUCAUAAGUCCUUAUAGGCUGCUAGCCUUGAUUCGGAUGGUGGUUCUUGGGUUAUUUCUUCACUGGAGAAUCACGCACCCGAACGAAGACGCAAUAUGGCUCUGGUUCAUGUCAGUUAUCUGCGAAAUCUGGUUUGCGUUCUCUUGGCUUCUUGAUCAACUUCCUAAACUCGCGCCUGUUAACCGCGCAACCGACCUCAACGUGUUAAAAGAGAAGUUUGAAACCCCGAGCCCCCAAAACCCAUCGGGAAAGUCUGAUCUCCCGGGGGUAGAUGUCUUUGUUUCUACAGCGGAUCCCGAAAAAGAACCACCGUUGGUUACCGCAAACACCAUUUUAUCAAUUCUUGCUGCAGAUUACCCUGUUGAUAAGCUAUCGUGUUACGUUUCCGAUGAUGGUGGUGCGCUUUUAACUUUUGAAGCGAUGGCAGAAGCUGCAAGCUUUGCUAAUUUGUGGGUCCCGUUUUGUCGGAAACAUGAUAUUGAGCCGAGGAAUCCGGAGUCGUAUUUUAGUUUGAAAAAAGAUCCGUUUAAGAACAAGGUGCGACAGGACUUUGUGAAGGAUCGCAGGCGGGUUAAAAGGGAGUAUGAUGAGUUUAAGGUCCGGAUUAACGGGCUUCCUGAUUCCAUUAGGAGACGUUCGGAUGCUUAUAAUGCUAGAGCAGAAAUUAAAGCCAUGAAACGUCAAAAAGAAACUGCCGGUGAUGAACUUUUGCAGCCCGUUAAGAUCCCGAAAGCAACAUGGAUGGCCGAUGCUACCCAUUGGCCCGGCACAUGGAUGAUUUCAUCUCCCGAACACUCGAGAGGUGAUCAUGCGGGUAUCAUACAAGUGAUGCUGAAGCCACCGAGUGAUGUUCCUCUUAAUGGCACGGAUGACGAGGGGAAUCUGGUUGAUUUCACUGAAGUUGAUAUACGACUUCCGCUUCUAGUCUAUGUUUCUCGUGAAAAACGUCCUGGUUAUGAUCAUAACAAGAAGGCCGGAGCCAUGAAUGCACUCGUUCGAGCCUCGGCUAUCAUGUCUAACGGGCCGUUCAUGCUUAACCUUGACUGUGAUCAUUAUAUCUACAACUCACAAGCCAUAAGAGAAGGAAUGUGUUUUAUGAUGGACCGAGGUGGGGACCGCAUUUGUUACGUGCAGUUUCCACAAAGGUUCGAAGGGAUCGAUCCUUCUGAUCGUUACGCCAAUCACAACACUGUUUUCUUCGAUGGAAACAUGCGGGCUCUCGAUGGGCUUCAAGGCCCGGUUUAUGUUGGGACCGGAACCCUCUUUCGUCGAACCGCGCUUUACGGGUUCGACCCGCCCCGGUUCAAGGAUUACCAUUCGGGUUGUUGCAGUUGUUGUUUCCCUCGGCGCAAGAAAAGCGCUGGUUCUGUUGCUUCAACUGACGAAAACCGUGCUUUGAGAAUGGGAGAUUCGGAUGAUGAAGAGAUGAAUCUUUCAUUGUUCCCAAAAAAGUUUGGUAAUUCGAGUUUAUUAAUAGACACAAUACCGAUAGCAGAGUUCCAAGGUCGACCACUCGCUGACCACCCUGCUGUUAAAAACGGGCGUCCACCUGGCGCACUCAUGAUUCCUCGAGAGCUUCUAGAUGCAUCUACCGUUGCCGAAGCGAUCAGCGUGAUUUCGUGUUGGUACGAGGAUAAAACCGAAUGGGGAAACCGAGUUGGAUGGAUUUACGGGUCAGUAACUGAAGACGUGGUGACAGGCUACCGUAUGCAUAACAGGGGAUGGAGGUCGAUAUACUGCGUGACUAAACGAGAUGCUUUCCGUGGGACCGCCCCGAUCAACCUAACCGACCGGCUUCACCAAGUGCUCCGGUGGGCCACCGGCUCAGUCGAAAUAUUCUUCUCCAAAAACAAUGCACUUUUAGCGAGUUCAAAAAUGAACCUCCUUCAACGAGUCGCUUACUUAAACGUCGGUAUCUACCCGUUCACCUCCAUUUUCCUAAUCGUAUACUGUUUCCUCCCGGCUCUUUCGCUUUUCUCCGGUGAAUUCAUCGUUCAAAGCCUUGACGUCACCUUUCUUGUCUACCUUCUCUCCAUUACCAUAACACUCUCCUUACUCGCUAUCCUCGAGAUCAAAUGGUCCGGUAUCGAGCUAGAAGAAUGGUGGAGAAAUGAACAGUUUUGGCUGAUAGGAGGUACAAGUGCACAUCUUGCUGCAGUUCUUCAAGGACUGCUAAAAGUAGUGGCCGGUAUCGAAAUCUCGUUCACGCUGACAUCGAAAUCCGGUGGCGACGACAACGAUGAUGAGUUUGCAGAUCUUUACAUACUGAAAUGGACAUCUUUGAUGAUCCCACCAAUAGUGAUCAUGAUGACAAACCUUAUAGCUAUUGCAGUUGGGGUGAGUAGAACAAUAUACAGUGCUAUACCUCAGUGGAGCCGGUUAUUGGGCGGGGUGUUUUUUAGCUUUUGGGUUUUGGCCCAUUUGUAUCCUUUUGCAAAAGGGCUAAUGGGCCGAAGAGGGAGGACGCCCACUAUUGUUUUUGUUUGGUCUGGGCUUAUUGCCAUCACAAUAUCUCUUCUUUGGGUUGCUAUUAACCCACCUGCUGGUGCUGAUGAAAUUGGAGGGUCUUUCCAGUUUCCUUGAUGUUAUUAUUUUUGUUUUUGUUUUUGUGAAUUAGGAUUUAUAUUUGUUUUUAUGUUUCUAUACAUAUUCUUCAUUUCUUUGUAUUCUUCAUAGACAAUGGUGGUAAAGAGUUGUUGUCUUUUUAA